GGCAGUUUGAAUGGAAGAAGUCUGUUUUUCGUUAGACUUUUAAGAUGGAAUACGAUGAAGUUACGCCGAAGAGCUAUCCAGUCAAUCUAAUUAAGAAAGACUGGACUCAGCGGAAAUUAUAUUUUCGAAGUCCAGCUAAAUCUAUGCCAGAAGCUAUUCACGAUAUGGAGGUAUUAGACGAUGAUAUUUGGGUUAUUACGAAUCCCAAGAGUGGCACCACUUGGAUGCAGGAACUUGUUUGGCUUCUGAUGAAUGAUUGCAACUUCGAGGCAGCACUAUCCAAAGAUCUGGAAUUACGAUCGCCAUAUUUAGAAUUUGAUUAUUUAAUGCACCAUGAUGUUGAGAGAGCAUUGAAGCCAGUGCAGGACCUCGCCUCUCCUCGUAUUAUAAAAGCUCACCACUCUCUUGGAUUGCUGCCCGCUCAACUUUGGCAAAAGAAACCCAAAGUAAUCUACGUGUUUCGGGAUCCUAAAGAUACAUGGAUAUCAAGCUAUUAUCACUUUGUUAAUUUUGGCUUUCAAUAUGGAAAAUCAUUGGAACAAUACAUUGACGAGGUACUGGAGGAGGAAGCUCCUAAACGAGAUCCCAUUCUUCAUGCCGUUGAGUUUUAUCAGCUACGCAAUGAACCUUGGGUUUACUACACAAGUUUCAAUCAAAUGAAGAAAGAUCUGAGAAAAGUAAUCGACGAUUUAAGCAAGUUCCUUAAUAAGACUGUGACAGAGCAACAAAUGGAACGUUUGCUUAAACAUUUGUCGUUCGAAGAAAUGAAGAAAAAUCCAACAACAAAUCAUCGCUGGGAGUAUGCUCAAGUACAACAUCCUAACAGAGGAAAAGAAGUACAUAAUUUCAUUCGUUGCGGAAAAAUUGGUGGACAUAAAGAAGAGAUGAAACCUGAACAGAUUGAGAAAGCUGAUCGUCUCAUAACGGAAAGACUGCAGGCAAAUGAAAUUACACUCGAACAGCUUUUGUUAUUAAAUUAAUUUGUAUUUAAUUUAUUUUAUAUUAUUGAAUAAACCCUGUGAGGUUCAUUAAUAAACUA